AUGGCUGUGGAACAACUCAGGUCCUGGCAGCAUGACAUUGCAGAGCGGUGCACUCACCUAACCGAAAGUAUUUUUGACAAAUACACGGACGAGGACGAGGCCCUAGACACAACAGAUAUGAUGGAAAUACAAAACCAUGUGCAUUGCCUACGGGCCCUAGUCAAAUACAGCUUGCAGGAUGAGGUGCGAGCCAAAGUGUUACUGUCAGCGGUCCGUGACACUGAUCCCUACUUGUACAAGGACUUGUCGGACCUGGGACCAAGGGGGAAGACAGAACGAAAACUGACACAGUUCAAGUUAACCCAUGCAGCCGAGCGCGCGCUCGGCUCCACGCUGCCCACGUUCCAUCGUGCCGUCAGAGACGGCAGCUUCCUGGACAACAUCACGAGGGUCGAUGCGGCUGUCGACAUCAUGGUUCAGGAAGAGCUGAUCUUACCCGAUGAACAAUAUAUGCUAUAUCACAUAAAUAAAACCACCGCGGGGAAGGUCCGUGCGCUCAGAUACCUCUUUGGAUGCCCUACGGUACCCGACGAGGCCAAGGCCAGCAUCGCGCUGAUUCUGGCCGUGUACAACUUACACGCCUUUGGCAUCUUCACCAACGACCCCGACGGGUUGUUGGAGACUGUGUAG